GAAAAAUAAAAUUAUUCUUUUUCCCUUUUGAUAAUGUCAGAAAAAACCGUGCCUAGCGAAGAAGAGUUAAUUGCUGCUAUUCAGUCAGUCAAAUUAAAUUCACCCGAAGCAGGUGUUAAGACUGUCACUAACCAAAUAUUAAAGGAAGAACCCGCAUGGCAAGUAUCCGAGAAGCGUGUCAAAAAGUUCAUGCAAGCUAAUGGCUUGACUCAAACUUCUGUCGCCAAAGCACCCGUCAAGUCAGGUCUUGCUGACGACCCUUCUAUUCCUGUUUCAUUCAUUGACCCUAAAUUAGACUUCAAGUCAGUAUCUGAUGCUGUGGUAGCUCGCAUGGUCGACCAAGUCACCGGUAAAGGUCUCUUUGCUGCACGCGAUAUCAAGAAGGAUGAAAUCUUGUUCACUGAGAAACCCUUCGUUUAUUUCCCUCCUUGGGAAGGGUUCUCUUUAGCUCGCAGUGGUCGUGCCUGUGGAAAUUGUUGUAAACCUCUUAUAUAUCCUAACCGUUUAACUCAGCAUUGUGGUCACUGUAACAUGUAUUACUGUAGUAAAGAAUGUCGUACCGUUGCCUGGGAUAAUUUCCAUCAAUUAGAAUGUGUCAACCUCAACCCAGAAAUCGGUAAAUUCAUCUCAUUCUGUGAAAUGGAAAAGUGGCAAGCCCCUAUGGCUGUCUCACGUAUCUAUGCCAACAUGAUUUUAUCGCAUCAACGUGGAGAAUUGGAACAAAUGAUGGGCCAUUUAGAUGCCUUUGCUACUGUCAGCCAAGAAGAAAGACAAGCCAAGGAAACAGAGUGGAUCUUCAUGGAGGGUCCUACACGUGAAUUAUGGACAAAAGCACGUACCUUAUUAAGUAACGCCUAUAAGUCACCUCCCAAGAAAUGCAAGAUCACCAAGCCUUUACCCGACGCAUUGAUCAAACAAUUAUUUGAUGAAGAGGAGACCUUUUUAAAUUACCUUGGUAAAUUCAAUAUCAACAAUCAAAAUGGUGGCAUGUAUCUGGUCCAUUCCCAUAUCAACCAUAAUUGUUAUCCCAACGUCAGUAUUGAUUACCCUCAACGUCAGUCUCAAUAUGUGAUUACUGUCAGAGCUAUCCGUGAUAUCAAGAAGGACGAACAGUUAUACGAAACCUAUGUCAAUCCUCGAUGGAAUAAGGAAACUAGACAAACCUAUUUAGACAAAUCUUACUUAUUUACCUGUCAAUGUGAACGUUGUAAGACAGAUGGUCCUCUCACAGAUGAUUUACGUGCUGGAUUAAGAUUAAGAGAUUAAAAAAAU